UUUGUCAUUACCCAAAACGGCGCCGUUUUUAUCUACUCAAAACGUAGCAGUUUUGGAAGCCCUCUACCAUUUCCCCUAACCCUAUCCACGCCCCUCUCUGUCACUCCAUCUCCUCCUCUCUCUGUCACUCUCCUCUCAUCUCCGCCUCUCACUCUCACUCGCAAUCGCACAGCCCAUCGAAGGUCGCACUCGGUCGUCUACUCCCAACGAGAACGAGGGACCUGAUCGAAAUAAAUCCUGUAAUUCAAUACAAAAUUGUGGCCCAGCCCAAACUGAAAUUACCGACCGUCACCGUAACCGACUUGUUGGUGACCGUACGAAUUACGGUCGGUGAAUUUACCGACGUCACCUACCGUGGCGGAGCGAAGCACGGAAGGUGCAAAUUUCUAACCGUAUUAUCCGACUCUCACCCCUGGUUUACUCUUAUCCGGAUUUGGAUAAGCUUUAAAAUCUUUCACAGAGAGAAAUGGAUCCGAACACAGUGAAAUCGACUCUGUCGAACUUAGCAUUUGGGAAUGUGAUGGCAGCGGCUGCUCGUGAUUACCAGAAGGAAUUGCUUUCUCAAGAUAAGGCACAGGCGUCAAGUUCUAUUAACCAGGAAGUCGACCUCGAUGAGUUGAUGGAUGAUCCUGAACUCGAAAAGUUGCAUGCCGAUAGGAUUGCGGCUCUCAAGAAAGAAGCUGAAAAGCGAGAAGCAUUAGUGAAGCAAAGGCAUGGAGAAUACCGGGAGAUUACUGAGGGAGAUUUCUUGGGCGAAGUUACUAGUAGUGAAAAAGUUAUAUGUCAAUUCUAUCAUCAGGAGUUCUAUCGUUGCAAGAUAAUGGAUAAGCAUUUGAAGUCCCUUGCACCAAGACAUCUUGAUGCAAAGUUCAUCAAACUGGAUGCAGAGAAUGCACCCUUCUUCGUUGCCAAACUAGGAGUCAAGACUUUGCCUUGUGUCAUAUUGUUCAGAAAAGGAAUUGCAGUAGAUAGGCUGGUUGGGUUUCAAGAUCUGGGAGGAAAAGAUGAUUUCACUACAAAGGCGCUUGAGGUCCUACUAAUAAAGAAAGGUAUUAUAAGUGAGAAGAAAGAAGUUGCAGAUGAUGAAGAUGAUAAAUAUGAUGAAAAUAGGUACAGGACAGUGAGAUCCUCUUCCAUUCCUGAUUCUGAUUCCGAGUGAAGAUGGAACAAUUGGAGGUUGCUUGAUUCUCAUUUUAGGCAGGCCAUUUGGGUGAGAUGCUUUUAAAUGCAUGCUUUUGUUUGUUAUGGUCACUGCUAAAUUAAUGCGAAUUUAUCCCUACACAUUCCUUUUGCACAAGUGAUUACUAGACAGGAACCCGAGGCAUUUACAUGGAUUGUUGAGUGUCAACA